AGGAGGAGUGUAGAUGGCAUUGCAGAGUGCCGGGGAUACCUUGAACAAACAAUUCACCCGGAGUCGACUGCAGGACCUGGUGUUGAACUGCUACUAGAGGCAGAAAGACCUUUUCGUGUAUACAGAAUGUUGUGAAGGAAACGCAUGAAGGGUCGUUAUGUUCAGAACCAUGUAGGCCUAUUUGGCGAAACUGACAUAAUUCGAAAAUAUCGACUGUAUGAAGACUCAGAAAAAUCCUGCGCGUUUCUAAAAAUGCAGCACAAUUUCCCAAAGACUCCUAUCGGUCUGCAUCUAAACAGGUUCUUCUGUGGGUGAGCCAGUGGUCAGGAGGUUAGGCUGUGGAUGAGGAUCUUCACAGGCAUCCCUGAAGCCUUGGGGCAGACUGACCGCAUGGCGGCUGCCAUGGAAUUUCACAGGGGAGGCUCUGACAUGCCCCUGUUCAAUCCUUUCCGGGGGCUGUAACAAAUCCACAUGAACUUCCCUCGUCAGUGGACAGUCAUGACGCAAACAAGGUCAUCUGGUUAAUCUGUGAAAAAAUCUGAUGCAUGCUCCUUUUGUUCUUCUUCAAGAUUGGAUCAAAAAACAUCCCUAUCAUUACAUUUUGUACCUUUUGUAACUUUUAAAAUCACCGAUUCCUAGCUUAAAAAGGACAAAGAAGAGGAAAAUAUUUUUAUUUAUUUUUUUAUUUCUCUGUCGUGGUGGCGAACCAUAUUAGAGACUAUAGUGUUGAACAUGACUCAUGGGGAGGAACCUGGCCCUGAGACGCACCAAGAUUCUGCUGUUCUAACUUAUCUCGAAGGCCUACUCAUGCAUCAGGUCACCGGAGGCCAGGCUGCCACAGCUACACAGAGAUGCCAGGCUGGGCACGGCAACCAGGAGCAAGGCAACAGCAAAGCACCUGCACCAGGCCAAGGGCAGCCUAACCAUGCCCCUCCACCACAAGGCACUGAGCCGGAGAGGACCGCACCCCACACUGGGGUCACCCAGCACCUUAAGAAGGCCCGGCUGCUGAGGUCCGAGGCCUGGAUGGAGCACGAGAGCAGGAAGAGGCCGACGCCCCCGGCAGAGUUGAAUGGCCAGAGACACAGAGAGUUGGAGGAGCACGCCGCUGCCCUUAACGGCUCGGCGAAGUGCAAAGGUGAGAGCACGCUGCUGGCGUCCCUGCUGCAGUCCUUCAGCUCAAGGCUCCAGAAUGUGGCCCUGUCACAGCAGCUCGUGCAGAGUCUGAAGCAUCAGCAGGUGCAGCAGCAGGAGGCCAGCGGCCACAUAAACAAGGGCCCAGCAGAGGACGGGAAAGAGGCCGGACCGUGCCGUGAGUCGGCCUCCAGUCGCCUCAAGGGCCUGAUGAAGAAGAACAAAGUCCAGAACCACAGCAACAGUGUGCCUUACCAGCGCAGGCGGGCCAGCCAAGAGAGGCAAAGUGAGUCGCCAAAGGUGCUGCAGAAAAACGCCCAGUCCUCCUCCACGGAGUCACUCUCCUGUGCAGAACGGCUGAAAGCGGUGGCGAACCUGGUGAACAUUAGGUCCAGUCCGGCCCCAUCCCCCAGACCCAGUGUGGCCUGCAGUCAGCUGGCUCUUCUGCUGUCCAGCGAAGCUCACUUGCAACAGUACUCUCGUGAGCAAGCCCUCAAAGCACAGCUCGCUGGGCGGUCAGCAAGCGAGAGGCUGGCAGCCAUGGCCACGCAUAAAACGCAGGACACAAAACAGACGACCACAUCAGACACUGUAAGCUCCUUACAAGCCAAAAACGGAUUGGCCCCCAUGGCAUCAGCGUCCAGCAGGCAGAGUACAAGUGUGACUCCUCCAGGGCCUGGCAGGACAGCGGGCUCCCCUCGGCCACUGCUUCCGUUCCGAGAGCGGCGGCCCUUUGAGAGACCUUUCGCCAGCAGGCCGUCUCAAAACUGCAGCAGUUUACUUUUGCAGCUGCUCAACAACCACAACACACAGCAUCAGCUCAACAGCCAGGGCCACCUGCGCAGUGACUUGAGCGCCACAUCUCACCGGGGCUCGCCUGUGCUCUCUGAAGGGGGGCACUCGAGUCCAGACAGCAGCUUCCUCAAAGACAGCAGUGACGCCGAGAGCAGCAGCUCCAGCUGCUCCCCAAUAGACCUCUCUCUAAAGGGCAGGAGGGUCAGUGCCCCACCGGCCACCUCCUCGGCCUCCUCCUCCACCUCCUCCUCCCCAGCUUUAGACAGAAUAACUGAGGGUCUGAUAAACAAGUGGAAGCCUGAACCCCCUCCACCCUCUGCAGUUUGCAGCAAAGACAGAGAGCUUGAAAGUAACCCUGAAAUGAAGCCCCAUCACAAGGUUACACUUUUGCAGUUGCUGCUAGAUCAUAAAAAUAACGGGAAUGUAAACAAAAGUCUGGAUAAUCCAGAUUUGCACCCAGUCAUAAUCCCCAAGGUUAGCAGGGCGCCAGUGGCCAGACAGACUGUAGUUAAUAGGUGUGAGGAAAUAAGGACUCUCAGUCCUCAAUGUGGACUUGUUAGCAAAAGUCCCCUGAUCUUACCCACUUUGUCAUAUGGCAAAGACACCAGCAGUACAUCCUCCCCUUACAGUUUAUAUGACUCUUCUCAUUCACAGUCCAUUCCCUUAGAUCUGUGUAAAAACAAAUCCUUCCCAAGUGAGCCAAGUGUCACCGAGCCCGCUUUCAGUGCCAGUAAAUUACUGCAGAAUUUAGCCCAGUCUGGAAAACAAAGUGCAAGCUCAUCCCCACCACUCAAAACCUCCAUGCCCUCUGUCCAGAGGCACCCUCAGGAAAUGAAGCUUGAUCACAGUGUGACUUUACUGGAUAGACUCACGGCACCAGUUCAGCAGAGCCCCUCACCUAGAUCUGAAGGGGCCUACUUAAUACCCCCACGACGGCCCGAGUCCUCGCAGUCCACUUCUGAAAUUGAGAAUCUUCUGGAAAGACGGACAGUACUCCAGCUUCUCCUGGGAAAUGCCACCAACAAAGACAAAGUGGGAGGUAAGAGGAAACGAGAGGCAGGCCAGGGCAACUGCCAAGAGUUGCAGUCGAGCCUCUGCGAGAGCUUGGGUGCCUCCAAAAGCCCUGUGAGAGAUGUUACAGUGAAGACUGAACCCAGAAGGGAGCAUCACACCAGUGACCAUGACAGGGAGGUCAAACAGAGCCAGAGUAUGAUGUCAGACUCCAGCAGAAGCAGUCCUCUUAGUCUUCCUCAUGUGACAGUCAUUAAGCAGGAACCCAUAUCCCCAGAGAUGAUCCCUAGAGAUGGUCUUCUCAGCCAUCUUUUAAAGCAGCCAAGGGCUGUCCUCUUCAGCACCCCAGACAACUCCCAGAAGGUGUCCGUCAAGGAGGAACAGCAGGAGCACCAAGGGCCAACUAUCCCUAAGAAGCGGAAAUAUUCCAUGGAGCCAAAAGCACAACCCACAGGGAGUGAGACUUGUGCGCUUCCUGACAGCCUUGACACCCAAAAGGUCAACAACAAUGGCUCUGCCUCUGGCUUGCCUGGCAGCCCAGAGGUCAGAGGUCCACGGAGCCCUCCCGUUGCAGACAGCCCACCAGUGAGGUGCCCUGUCAGUGAGUCUCCUCCAAGUGACAGCCGUGGAUUUAAUGUGCUGAAGCAGCUCCUGCUCUCUAACAACUGUCUGAGGGAGCUCUCUCAACCGGGAGGACCCACAGGCUCUCCCAAGCACAGCUACACUUUCAAUGGCAGCAGGGUCCAUCAGCCCUCUGGGCACAGCACUGAAGCCGGUGUCCAGAGCCGUAGUCCUGUCCCACUGCAUGGUCCAGCUGACCCGAGGUCUCUGCAUGCUGGGCACAUGAGCCAUAGUGCUCCUGGAUCACCUUGGGGGGUUCAGGGCACACCACAGUCUCCAAAACCAAAACCUACACCCACUGGUGGGGACGAGGACAUCUCCCAACCAGACUCGCCUCGACUGAUGAGGUCCAACCCCAUUUUGUACUACAUGCUACAGAAGGGCAAUGCAGACUUGUUGAAAGAGCGUGAGCGGGGUCGGACAGCAUGUCAGGUGCAGGUGAAGGUAAAAGAGGAACCACCUGCAGACAUGCAGGGCUUUGAACACAUCCUGACCCCUAGACACAGUGAGGAGGAUCAUACAGAGAGACCUCAGAGUGAAACUCAGAGGCUCAACGGUUCACUCAAGAAAUGCCAGUGAUAAAAUCAACAGUCAUGUCAAUCUGUGGAUGUAUAUUGACUAGACAUUUCUUUGUGGCUGUUUGGCUUUCCUCCCCUUUUUUAAUCUGCAAUUAUUUCUAAUGGAGGAAACAAUUCCCAGACAUUUGCAAAACAUUGCUUUUCCUUUUGCUUUGCUUUUUGUUUACAUGUAUAAUGUAAAACUGUUUCACAGAAGAGAUAAAAUGUUGCUGAGUUGAGAAACAACCAUCUCCAUUUAUCUAUGACUGUGCUUCAUCCACUUGAUGACCUUGUUUGUUUUGUUCUUGUGUUCUAUACAUACUUAAAGCUGAUUGUAGCAUUUUAAUCUAUGUUACACUUUUUUACUUGCAGAAUACAUUUAAUAUGAUCCCUUUCUGUGGGAAGUGCAACCAAACAGUACUUUUAAAUAUUUUCGACAAUAUUUCACUAAAAGUAAUAAAUAAUAAGAAAAAUAAUUUGUUUAUAAUUGUGAGACUGUGUCUCACUCUCAGAAACUAGCAUUUUUUAUUUUGAAGAAUGAUCAUUUAAAAUUUGCAGCUGAGGUUUGUAAUAUUAUAGAUGCCCCUAUUACUGAGCCAAAUGGGAAUCUAUUAUCAAUUUCAUUUAGUCAGGGAUGGUGCAAUGCCGAUGGAUUAAUGUUCUGAUGCUGUGACAUUGUCUCCACAUUUCAUGGUACGUGAUGUGGGCUGAAUACAAUUUGUAUUUUUUUUUUCUGAAGCCUCUUUAAUUUAUUCAUUUAGUCAACUAUUUGGUGAACUGCUUGGUGUAAGUUGUUGUAGCAUUUGAACUGUGCCAACAUGUCAAUUUUUACUUUAAAAAACAAAAACAAAAUCAUUGGCUAAAAGGGGCAUACUGUAACAACAACAGCUUCUUCAGUCAGCUUUGGCCGAUAAACAUACACUGGACAAGUGCAGUCUCUUUGGUGUAAACAUUGGUUGAGUGAGUUAGAUCCACGUGAGGUGGCCGGUCCAGGUGGACUAUGAGGUAUACCUAAAGUCGGCUCAAAGUCAAAGCUAUUUUGUGGGUCAUGGAUGUCAAAGGGUGGUCAAAGAUGCAAAAGGGUUUUUUGUGUCCCACAGAAAGUUUGCUGAAAUGUUACAUUUUGAAGUCUUACAUUUUCCUAGGUAUUAGUUUCAUUGCUUUUCUUUUCCUUAAAAGACUUGUCAUAGACUCAUUACAAUCUAUAUUUCUGUAAAUAGCCAAAACUUUAUGAAAGAUGAGCUAUUUUGUAUGGAUGAAAGAGAGCUGUUUUAAAUUCCCAGAGGAAAUAUUAACACUGUUGUGUGACACUGUACAUAACUUUAAAGAAAAUGUUCUUUUUGUUUCCAGUCCCUCUUUUGCAUGUGUCUCUACAUGGUAAUAUUACAGUAAUCUGUUCUGCAACAUGUUGUGUUAUGUCUGAUAUUGACUGCCUGUUGCAUGAUGAUGCAUGGGAUGGUCCCUGUGUAACGCUGGACAUGGGGAUCUUCUGAGUCUUAAAGCAUAGGUAUUUUGUCAUGAAGCCCAUAGCAUUAAACAAUGUGAUUUGUCUGUCAGUCAUAAGAAGUAGACUGCUGAACAAAAGAUAAAAGAAGAAAAAAGAGAAACCGUUUAAAAUUUUGGAAACAGAUGUGCAUUAUACUUGUUUUUUUGUUUGUUUUGUUUUUGUUUCUUUAUGUUGUUCUUUUACAAGUAGAAAACCAACAAUCAAGCUCUACACAGUACAAGUGCUAAAAAUCAUUUUUGGAGCUUCAGAAUGAAUGCUUGUUUAAAGAAGUAUAUAAAUAUAUAUAAAUAUAUGUAUUGUUUUCUUGCAGGUGAACUGCUAUAUUAUGAUUAUGGUUAUUAAUAUUAUCAUUUUUUUUAAUGUUUUCAUUUUUGGUGUUUACUUGCACAGAUUUUAAAUAAAGUACU